CGAACCUUUGAUCCCCCUCUGUACGGGUCAGGUGGCCAGCAUCGCAUCGCUGGCUGCUACCGAACUUACGUCUUGUCCCUCGUCUUCCUCUUCCUUCCCUCCCUGCCUGUGGCGUGCGUCCAGAUGGAAGACGAGCUUUCCUCCUCCAGUCAGACUGGCUACGUCCUUCCUCCCCUCUCACAAGGCCAAUAUCCUUCCCAGGGCUAUCGCUCAGCUGAGCCCUUCCUUCCAUCUUCCUCACCUUCAAAUCCUCACAAAGACCACGAUCAUCUAAAGUCUCCCGUGACGCCCCCCUCUUCGCCGCCGUUGAGAACGCAUACGCGCUAUCGCACGACAUCGGCCAAUGACCCAUUCUCAGCUGCUGCUAAGGCCGGACUCAAUCAGCAUCCAUCCUUCGGCAAAGAAUAUCCGCACGUCAAGCAUCCCGGCAGAGGCAAGAGAAGUCUUCCUCCUAGCCCUAGUGUCCUCGAGGGCUCCGCAAUCGUGACUGGCUCGGUAGCUGGUUCGCUUGAUCCCUCCUCCUCGCAGUCUACCUCGGCAUCGUCAUGGCGUUCUUCACAAGCCGUCCACCGCAGAACUAUCGCAGGCUCUCGCGUCCGCAGAGGCAAAGAUGACCUCAGCAGCGAUAGCGGUACGGACGUUGCGCGUGAUCGAGCUUUGGCGAGGGCAUUCGAGUUCUCUGACGAUGCUCCUACCUCGGAUGAUCACUUAGAGGCCGUCCCCUGGGAACAGCCAAGCAGCGAUACGGACGGUGGCAUGGUCGGGCUGGGUCUAGGACCAAGCUUCCAGGAAGAAGGCUCUCCCUCAGCGGGUCGGCGCCGCCCAGAAUCAUAUGCUCCUGUCAGAAGCUCUGCGAAGCGGUCUGCCUUCUCGCGAUCCUCUUCCGUCAAUGACCCCUUUGGCGCUUUCGGCUCGACCCUCUUCCCUACUCAUGAUCAUCGUCCGAUAUCGAGUACCAACUCCCCCGGCAGUGGACAGCCUCUGACUCAAAGACGUCGCCUGGUAGGCACAUCGCCCAAGAAACUGACUGUGACCGGCCAAUCUGGCUGGGCAGGUGCGAUGAGUGAGAGUGAUGAGGAAGUCGAUACUCGCCAGUCAGCGAGGGACAGGAGGCUGAGUGCAAAGCCCAUGACAACGGCUCAGACCUGGCACAAGCUCGUUGAGCAGGUUUGGGAUUCAGGGGAUACCCGCAUAGACAUCAGCGACCGGCAACUAGACGCGAUUCAUCCCAUCGUCGCCGACCUAGCAAAGUAUGUCGCCAUCGAGCCUCCAAGGUCCUUUGAGCCCACGACGUCCACCUCUUCACUUCCAAGUCGCAUGCACCCUGCACAGGGGCAGAUCAGCUCUCGCACUCCCUUUGCAAGAACUUCCACGAGCGUUACUGGAGGCUCAGCAUGCACAUCACCUGCUGGGCCAUCUACACAGGGAAAGCUGCAGCUUUACCUUGCCAACAAUCACCUCACGAAGAUACCCUCUGCCCUCUUUGAGGUCGGCAACUUGCGCGUCCUAUCUCUGCGCAAAAACAGUCUGAGCGAGCUUCCUUGUGCCGUGGGACAAUUGCGAAACCUUAGAGAGCUCAAUGUUGCGAACAAUCAGCUGCGAUACCUGCCGGCGGAGAUCCAGAAGUUGAGUUUGGACGUCUUCUCCUACUUUCCCAACCCGUUCAUGAUGCCGCCCAAGGAUGUGAAGCUGGAAGUCAGGAGCGUCCACUGCAUCACCGGAAGCCUGAUGGCUUCAAUCUCUGCUGCUUCGGAAGACGCGAAGGAUAGGGAUGAAGAUCAAGUCGAUGAGCCUGCUCAAGACGACGGUGACAACAUGGAGGCAGAGUUUCUUGCAGCUCACCAGAGCGACCUCAAUACACCAGGCAACAUGCUCUCGUCCCAAUCGUCAAUGGGACCUCCCCCAUUACCGGUCAGAUUCACCCGAGGUCCAGCUGGGGUACUGCCACAACCUCUGACAGGCUCUGUGGCCUUGCCACGACGUAUCUUUGACCGUACGCGAUCAGAUGCUCAAGUGGAUGAGCUACUCGCUCGAGGUGGUGGAAGGAUGCUUGCACGGCCGGCCGGACCACAGGCGCCCUCCAAUCUAGGGACGAUGAUGGAGGUGUCGGCGCCCAACGGAGACGACAGCCUUAUGGAAGAGACGUCCGCACCGUCACCGAAAGCCACAGGUAUGCAGAUUCUGCGCUACUUGGGUCCACUCAAGGCGUCUGAACCCGCUGUACCUUCGCUUCAAGAAUUGUGCAUUCGAAGCAUCUUGUCUCCCUGCGAAGCAUCACGUCCCCCCUCGCCAGAGCCUUUGAAGACUUCUCAACCCGCAAUAGCAGAUGCGGCACCAUCGCUGGGUGGCUCUCGUCCAGUCGUCUGGACACGUGUGCCUUCGACGUCUUUGGCGUUCCAACAUCAGACUCAGCGACCAAUGACUCUCCUGGAGAGCUAUGAGAACGGAGUGCUUCGCGAGCUCGACACCGACUGCAGAUUGAAUGCAGCCACCAUCAGUCUGCUGGAAGCAGCCAGAAGAAGCAUCGAGGGCAAAUGGGGCAGUGGCAGUGGUGCUGCGACCUCAUCAAGAGGGACCAGGGCGGGAGAGCAGGACAGUUGGUGCAAAGGCGUUGCCGGAAAGACUAGCGAUGAUGAGGAAGCAGGUGCAACGAUGCGGAGUAAAGAGGAGGACGAUGCGGAUGCCUCCUCGCCGGGCUCGGACGAUGGCUUCGACCAGACGAUCGUCUCCCUCUCUCCUUCCUUGCAUCGCCGGGCUACCUCCACUGCCGCUAUGGGUACGCUGCCCCCACCUCAGGACAUCUCUACGAAGCUAGACUCGGAGGGGGACGAUGCCACGUGCAACCCGCACUUCAACCGCUGUCCAAAUCCGCUACAUCCACAAAGCCGGGCGCUAGCUGAACAGGCAGGCAUCCAUGCGGAUGUCCUGGCGGGCACUGCAAUGAACAUGGACUAUCCCCUUGCACCUUUGCUGGCGCCAUUCGCGCCCUUGUUCGCAAAGCCAUGUGAGGAGAGGGUAGAGUGGGUCAGUCAUAUUGGCGGUUUCAGGGUGCUGGGGGGUAAGGCAGACGUGGAGAAAUUGAAGGGCGUGAGUGCCCAGGACCACAACCUGCUGCCGCUGCUCUGGAGAGGUUGUUCACGUGGCUGUUUGGCCUUCCUGGAGGAGUAAAUGGCUGGACAGAGCCAGACAGGCAGCCAUUUGGUUGCGCUCGAAAUAUCACUUGUACAUUCACUCUGACCACCUUCGAUGUGCCUACUAUAGGGUUGACUCUCUG